ACUUGUUUUUGUCAGCUGCAGAGAGGGACUGUCGAGCAGGAGCCGGAAGUGUGGGCUGCUCUCUCUCUCUGUGGCCUCUUUGGAGCAGAAGGACAGCUUGUUUACUUUGUUUCCUUCCUCUUUUCCUUCCCAGGAGGAGAGACACGUUGCAUUGAGUGGAGGGUGCUGUGCCUUUCGGAGAAGGGGCUUCACGCUGCGGAAGGAUGGAUCGGGGCCACCUGUCCACGGAGGUCCUGCAGGAGGAACGGGACCAAGAGGUCUCUCCAGAUUAUGGCCAGAAGAUGGGUCCUUCUCAAAGGCCGCAUGGGAAGACCUUGAGAUCCUCUCAACGGAGAGCAAAGGAUGGAGGAGAAGAUGGAGGAGACUUGGAGAGGCGGCCGAGGAGAGACGGGACCUUCCCGGAUCAAGAUGAAGGUGCCUCUCAGACCCCAAAUCCGAAGGAAAUUCAUACAGGGAAGAAACCGGAGUGUGGAAAGAGCUUCACUGAAAGCACAGGUCUGCGUUCACAUCAAAGGACUCGCCCUGGGGAGAAACCCUAUAAAGGCCUCGAGUAUGGGAAGAGCUUCACUCAGAGGGCACAUGUACAGGGACCUCACAAAAUUCACACUGGGGAGAAACCGUAUACAUGCCUGGAUUGUGGGAAGAGCUUUCCCUCCAGUAGGAAUCUGUGUCUACAUCAAAGGACACACACUGGGGAGAAGCCCUAUAAAUGCCUGGAGUGUGGGAGAAGCCUUGCUCAUGGCUCGGCUCUGAGAGAGCACCUGAAGAUCCACACUGGGGAAAGACGCUUUACAUGUCCACAGUGUGGAAACAACUUUCGUAGUAAUUAUGCCCUCAAAUCACACCAGAAGGUUCACACCGGAGAGAAACUCAAUACAUGUCCUGAAUGCGGAAGACGCUUUGCUCAUAAGUCGACCCUAGUUGCACACCGGAGGGUGCACAUGGGGGAAAAGCCAUACGAAUGCUCUGAUUGUGGGAAGACCUUCCAUCAGAGAACGCACCUCGUUGUGCACCGGAGAGUUCAUACGGGGGAGAAGCCCUACCAGUGUGCCGAUUGUGGGAAAGCCUUUCGUCAUAAAAGCCACUUUAACGUCCACCGGAGAAUCCACACAGGAGAGAAACCUUACGCCUGCACAGUGUGUGGGAAGGCUUUUAGAACGAGGACGGUCCGUGACUCUCACCAAAGAAUCCACACUGGAGAGAAGCCCUACAAGUGUUUGGAGUGCGGGAAAAGCUUCCAUCAGAACUCAGCCCUUCAUUCGCAUAAGAAAACCCACGCUGGGGAGAAGCCAUAUCCCUGCUUUGAGUGCGGAAAGAGCUUCAGAAGUGGGUCGUAUCUCACUGUUCACCAGAGGAGGCAUUCUGGGGAGAAGCCAUAUCAAUGCUCUGAGUGUGGACAGAGAUUCGGUUACAGCACAAGCCUUGCUAAGCAUAAAAAGGUUCACAAAAAAGGGAAACUAUAGACAGAUGUUGCAUGAGGGGACUUGUGUUCAACUUGAGGCUAAAUCUGGCCUACCAUAUCAUUGUACUGAUUCAAUAAUGUAGAUUUUAUUUUAUUUAUCGUGUCAGGAGCGAACCAAAACAGUUGUAUUGCAUUUUAAAAACAGACAAACAAACCAACAAAACACAAAGUUUGCAGACUUGGUAUUCUAUUAAAUGCCCUUUGACCAGUAUCUGGCCCCUUGGAGUGCCUCUGGUGUUGCUAUAAGAAGGUCCUCCAUUGUGCAUGUGGCAGGGCUCAGGUUGCAUUGCAGCAGGUGGUCAGUGGUUUGCUCCUCUCCACACUCGCAUGUCGUGGAUUCUACUUUGUGGCCCCAUUUCUUGAGGUUGGCUCUGCAUCUCAUGGUGCCAGAGCACAGUCUGUUCAGCGCCCUCCAAGUCACCCACUUCUCUGUGUGCCCAGGAGGGAGUUUCUCAUUCGGUAUCAGCCAUUGAUUGAGGUUCUGGGUUUGAGCCUGCCACUUUUGGACUCUCGCUUGCUGAGGUGUUCCACGAAGGAGAUAGCGAACAGGCUUUUGCCUCCUUCCCACGCUGAUACUGAAAGUGCAGAAAGCCUUGAUAGUGACCUGACCCGGCAGGCUCGUCUUGAUUUGCGGGUCAGGCGGAGUUCUCGGCUGGCCGGCAGACGGGAAGCCAGCUUGGGCCAAGGUCAUCGUAAUGCUUUCAUGUUGGUGAGAGCAUAAUGUUUUCAUGUUAGAAAGGUAUUUAGGCUUCUUGCAAACUAAGGGAAAGCUUCAGUUCAACAUAACUUAUUAGCCUGAAAGCUUCAUGGAUUACCUUAGCUGGCAAGCAGCACCUUUGAAUUUCUUGCAUUGUGAUUCUUGGGGCAAUUGUCUUUGCUUGUACCUUGUUUUUACCUGAAGAUCUUUGGAACUGUAUUCUGCAUUUUACCCAAAUCUUUGGAACUUUGCAAUGCUUAUUCUUUAUUUUGACUUGGAUUUUUUCCUCAAUAAACUAUAAAACUACA